AUGUCCCACCGUGGAGCCCUCAGAGGUUCGGCCAACCCGGAUCGAAUCGAGGCUCCCGUCACCCUGAAAUCAUACCUCAUGUGCGCCUUCUCGGCAUUUGGGGGGAUAUUCUUUGGCUACGAUAGCGGCUACAUCAACGGAGUCAUGGGGAUGCCGUACUUCAUCAGGCAGAUUGAGGGUCCGGAUGCGACGAGCUUGAGCGGGUUCUCUAAGGCAAUCAUCACAUCUGUUCUAUCACUUGGUACAUUUGUUGGGGCGCUCGUUGCUAGUGAUUUUGCCGAUCUAUGCGGCCGGCGAGCCACCGUCCUCGGAAGCUGCGCAGUGUUCCUUAUAGGUGUCGUUCUCCAGGUGGCUUCAGCAGGGUUGCCUCUUCUUGUCAUCGGCCGUGCGAUUGCUGGGCUAGGUGUCGGAGGGGUCAGCGCGAUACUCAUUCUAUACAUGUCCGAGAUCGCGCCUCGCAAAGUCCGUGGAGCUAUUGUGUCGGGCUAUCAAUUUUGUAUUACUAUUGGUCUAUUGCUCGCUUCCGCGAUCGACUAUGCAACUCAGAACCGUGCCGAUACCAGCUCGUAUCGGAUCCCGAUUGCUAUUCAGAUGGUAUGGGCCUUGGUUCUUGCCGGCGGCUUGUCUUUCCUUCCAGAGUCGCCACGGUUCUACGUCCGCAAAGGAGAUCUCGACCGUGCCGCCGAUUCUUUAUCUCGACUACGCGGCCAACCUGUCACGAGCGAAUUCGUGAAGACCGAACUUUCUGAGAUUAUUGCUAAUUAUGAGCACGAGAAUUCUCUCGUACCUCCUGGCGGUUAUUGGAGUACAUGGCUCGCGUGCGGCCGGGGUUCUUUAAGAAAAGGGUCCAGCCACCUGCGGCGUACUGUCCUUGGGACUUCUCUUCAGAUGAUGCAGCAAUGGACUGGAGUCAAUUUUGUCUUCUAUUUCGGAACUACCUUGGACCUAGGAACUAUUCAAGAUCCAUUCCAGAUCUCCCUCAUCACGACUCUCGUCAACGUAUUCUCGACACCAAUCUCCUUCUGGGCAAUUGAAAAGCUUGGGCGCAGACCACUGUUUCUCUGGGGAGCACUCGGCAUGACAAUCUGUCAGUUCAUUGUUGCAAUUAUAGGCACAAUCGCGCACUCUACCGCGGCGCUCUCAGUCAUGAUUACCUUCAUAUGUGUCUUCAUCGUCUUCUUUGCAAUCACAUGGGGACCUGGCGCAUGGGUUCUCGUUGGCGAAAUCUUCCCACUUCCGAUCAGAGCUCGAGGAGUUGCGUUAUCAACUGCAAGUAAUUGGCUUUGGAACUUUAUUAUUGGCCUGAUUACGCCGUAUAUGGUAGACAAGGAUAAAGGCAACCUUGGUGCCAAAGUCUUCUACAUCUGGGGCAGUCUAUGCGCUACCGCGUUCUUUUUCACAUGGUUUCUUAUCCCUGAGACUAAGGGCCUUACACUUGAGCAAGUUAACAGGAUGCUCGAGGAAACGACGCCUCGUACGUCAGCUAAAUGGAAACCUCAUGAUACAUACACUGCAGAGACGAGCGGUAAAGACACUCCAGCUCCAAACGCAUUCAACAGAAGUGUAGAUGAUGAUGCAGACGAAAGGUUCUGUGCGGGCUCCAAAAUGAUCCCCUAG